AACAAAGUUUUCACUGAUAAAUCCAAGCUUUCUCUCUCUUUCUCUGCAUCAUCAACAUCUUCUAGCUUGAGGAUAAGGCCGGCCAUGGCAGCUGCUCGAAGAAUCUCGUCUUUGAUUUCUCGUUCUCUGUUUGCUUCUCCUGCUUCAUUCUCUCCGUCUCUAGGUAAAGUUGGCAGGCGGGGAGGUUCCGCUAGCAGGUUUAGCACCGCAGUAGCUUUGGACGAACCGAUUGUACCUUCGGUUCUAAUCAAUCACACCAAGCUUCUCAUCAACGGCAAAUUUGUCGAUGCUGCAUCUGGGAAAACAUUUCCAACUUAUGACCCUAGGACAGGGGAAGUCAUUGCCCAAGUUGCAGAAGGUGAACUAGAAGAUGUAAACCGCGCUGUUUCUGCUGCGCGGAAGGCUUUCGAUGAUGGACCGUGGCCUAGAAUGUCUGCUUAUGAGAGAUCAAAAAUACUUCUGAAAUUUGCGGAUUUGGUUGAACAGCAUAUGGAUGAAAUUGCUGCUCUUGAGUCAUGGAACUGUGGAAAGACUUAUGAUCAAUCUUCGAAAGGCGAAUUGCCUUUGUUUGUUCGCUUUUUUCGCUAUUAUGCAGGAUGGGCUGAUAAGAUUCACGGGUUAACGGUUCCUGCAGACGGGCCAUACCAUGUUCAGACAUUGCACGAACCAAUUGGAGUAGCCGGGCAAAUAAUUCCAUGGAAUUUCCCUUUAAUCAUGUUUGCUUGGAAAGUAGGUCCUGCCCUUGCUUGUGGUAACACUAUUGUGUUGAAGACGGCUGAACAAACGCCCUUGACUGCCCUCUAUGUGGCCAAACUGUUUCAUGAGGCAGGGCUUCCGGAUGGUGUUCUCAACAUUAUUUCUGGAUUUGGGCCUACAGCAGGUGCAGCACUUGCAAGUCAUAUGGAUGUAGAUAAGAUUGCUUUCACUGGUUCAACCGAUACUGGCAAGACUGUGUUAGAAUUGUCUGCGAAAAGCAAUCUUAAACCGGUUACUUUAGAGCUCGGAGGGAAGUCUCCAUUCAUCGUUUGCGAAGAUGCUGAUGUUGACAAAGCUGUCGAGCUAGCCCAUUUUGCCCUUUUCUUUAACCAGGGACAAUGUUGUUGCGCUGGUUCUCGUACGUUUGUUCAUGAACGCGUGUACGAUGAAUUCCUCGAGAAAGCAAAAAAACGCGCUAUUAAUCGUGUAGUAGGCGAUCCAUUUAAGUUGGGAGUAGAGCAAGGUCCUCAGAUUGAUUCAAAGCAAUUUGAGAAAAUACUAAAGUACAUUAAAUCCGGAAUCGAUAGCAAUGCCACCCUCGAGUGUGGAGGAGAACGGUUUGGAUCCAAGGGAUAUUUUAUCCAACCUACCGUUUUCUCAAAUGUCAAGGAUGAUAUGUUGAUUGCGAAGGAUGAAAUAUUUGGUCCGGUGCAGACUAUUUUGAAAUACAAGGAUUUGGACGAUGUGAUUAAGAGGGCGAACAACACCCGCUAUGGUCUAGCAGCGGGUGUCUUCACGAACAAUCUUAACACAGCAAAUACGUUGACUCGGGCAUUGAAAGCAGGAACAGUUUGGGUUAACUGUUUUGAUGUUUUCGACGCUGCAAUCCCGUUUGGAGGGUACAAAAUGAGUGGAAUCGGGAGGGAAAAGGGUAUUUAUAGUCUCCAAAACUACUUACAAGUGAAGGCGGUUAUCACUCCUUUGAAUAACGCGGCAUGGCUGUGAUCGUGUCGUGUGAGUAUCGCUUUAAAUAAAUAAAAAGAAUUAUAUUAAAUAACAAUGACAAACGCAAUAAUUAAGCUACAUUGUCUUAUGUUUCUAAUAUAUGGGUAAACAUGUUUUAUUUUUGUACU